CCAUUCAGAUGCUUGCAGAUAUCGAUCAGACUUUGUAGAAGACUCACGCAUAGAAAAUAAUCUAGAAAGUGAAAGAAGGAAUUGACUUGCAUAUAUAAAUGAGACACUUGUGUGGUAACUUAAAACAUUCUUCUCUUAUAUAAAAAUGAAAUUCUAACAGAAUUUUAAGGAAGCGGGAAGGCACCCUGAGACCAAUCACGACUGCCACAGAAGAGGGAAAAAGUCUGCAGAUGACAAGGCGAUGCCUUUUACCUGCUCUGCUUCCUUAAUUUACCUCGCCCUUCUCUUUGGCCAAAGCAGCAGAAGAAGAGAUCAAAUAUGCCUGAUGGUGCGCUCUAUUUGCUUGUGGUAUCCGCGUUUUCCUUCGUCGGCUUCGUUCUGUUGUGCUUGCGCUGCCGCAGUGCUAAUCGAGGAAACAACAGCAAUAUUAGCCUUCAUCACGUUCAGGUGAUCCCUUCCAGGGAUCCGCCACAGACUUCUGGAAUUGAAGAGGAACUCGUCAGUUCCUUGCCUUUGAUUGUGUUCUCGUCACAAGACGACUCGAGCAUUCUAGCCUCAGAAUGUGCAGUUUGCCUUGCCAGAUUUGAAGACUCUGAUUUGCUUCACCUGCUGCCCAAGUGCAAACACAGCUUUCAUGUCCAGUGCAUAGACAAAUGGCUUGAGAACCACUCGAGUUGCCCAAUAUGCCGGCAAAAUAUCGAUGCCCAAGACUUCGCUUCCUUCAGAUGGCUGUAUGGCUCAUGGAAUUCAGGUAACAUGGCAGGCCCAACUCAAAUAACAACAGAGACUUCUGUUGACCAAGGUGACAACAGCAGGCAGGUUACAUUGAGGAUGAGCAGUGAACCUGACGGAUCGAGUGUAGGUUCGAUAUGUGCAAUUUGUCGUAAUAGAAUUGAGGACUCGGAAUUGCUUCUUCUGCUUCCCAAAUGCGGCCACAGUUUUCACGUUAGCUGCACACAGUAUUGGCUUGAGGGUCACGCAGUAUGCCCUGUUUGCAGCCAAAACAUAGAUCCCCAAGAACUUUCAUCCUUCACAGUCAUCAGGCAAGAAACAAGGAAGUCACUCAGUAACGUGGGAGAAUCAACCCAAUCGACAAAUAAGAAUCUAUUGUGCCAAAAGGAUGAUCCUGCGCAGGCUCGAUGAGAGUGAGUGGCGGAUGUAGCCCCUCUUGUGAUUGUGGGAAUGUAAAGAAUUCAGAUUCAGAGGUACUCCUUAAGUGUAUACAUGGAAUUGUUAUUUCUGAUGUAUUGAAGAAAUCCUGAGUAGAUUACAUGCGGGCCUUAUUUAUGUA